AUGGACCCCCAGAUGAACAAGCUCCUCAAAUGGAGUGUCUCCAACUCCCAGGUCUCCGAGGGUGCCGAGAGCGGUACCCCCAGUGCCCCAGAAGCCGCAAAGGGCCUCACCCCGGAUAUGGUCAGGACGCUAUUCGGCGGCCCAUCCGAGGCCGAUCUCAUGCGCGCCGCCAUGGAAGUGGUGCACUCCGACGAAGCAGAUAUGGAGAACAAGUUGAUCGCCAUGGACAACUUCGAGCAAUUGAUUGAGGGCAUUGACAACGCGAACAACCUCGAGCCACUGGGUCUGUGGACCCCGCUGGUGCAGUUGCUCAAGCACGACGAGGCCGAUCUGAGACGCAUGGCCGCUUGGUGUAUCGGAACUGCCGUGCAGAACAACGAGAAGGCCCAGGAUAAGCUCGUUCUGCUGAAUGCCAUCCCCGAUCUCGUCACAGUCGCCACAACUGACUCCGAUCCCGCCGCGCGCAAGAAGGCCAUCUACGCCCUCUCCUCCGCAACCCGCAACUACCAGCCCGCCAUGAAUGAGCUACUUAAGAGUCUACCCGAGGGAUACCCCACCGACAAGAAGGACGCCAGUAACAUGGACGACGUGGACGCCAUCCUUGACAAGCUGCGGGCUCACCCCGUCGACGCCUCGGCAUGA